AUAACUUGCCGUCGUGGUUUGUUCUUAUAGACGGUUCUCUCAGCUAAAAACGUGUGCAGAUGACUACUUCAUUAUCAUUGUGUUUGUGUUUAUCCUCACCUCUCGCUUAGACAACACCUUGUCAUUUGUAGUAUGAUGAUUUGUGUUGUUCCCAUCUUCUAAAGUAAACUAUGUCUUCAAGAGUCCUCAAGAAACUAGGGCUGCAGGGUGAGAAAGAUAUCACAUUCUUACCUGAAGAUGGAAGUGAUGCUGAAGGUGAUCUCUCCCAUUCAAGUGGGGCAAGGAAAAAGCAGCUGAAUCUUAACCGCUAUGAUGUGUUAAAUGAGCAGUCCCACUCAGAAUCGGAAGUGAAGGAGGAUGAUGAUCAUGAAACAACCAGCUCUUUGACGAACAAUGAUCUGGGACAAGUUGAAAUCAAGGAAAUUUCAAGGAAAAAGAAAAAGAAGAAGAAAAGGAAAGCUCACCGAGUCCCUGCAAACGCAAGGAGUAGUGAGGAUAAUGCAGAGGAUGAAGUGGAAAGAUCUGUAAGAGAAGUCAAUGAAAUGCUUGGUGAAAUAGAGCCAUCAUUCUCUGAUCCCAAGGUAGUUGUAUGCAGAAGCAAAGAUAUUCUUUCCAUAGAGCAGCGCAAUCUUAAUCCCAAUAACGAGUUAAAACGAAUUUUUGGUUCAAAGAUCGUCCAGCAAACUGAGAUGAAGAAGAGAGGCAGGGUUCGUGGUCACAUGAAAACAACAUGGUUUGUUACACCAAAGAAUAAUUGGCCUUCAAUCGGCAAACCAGGUAUUGAAAUGAAACUGGUUUCAAGCAGCAAUGGAAUCAACGUUUAUCAGUACAUUCAUCAUCCUCAGUACCAACAAGUUCAGAUGAAGUUCUUGGAUGCUGUUGAUAGUGGAAACCCUGAUAAUAUUGUAAAAAUAAUCGACAAUCAUCCGUACCAUGUUGAUGCUCUACUUCAACUAUCGGAGUUUUGCAGGCUCAGUGAAGAUUUUUCCAUGAGCUCUGAAUUCUUAGAACGCGCUUUAUUCAUUCUGGAAUCAUUUUUCCACCCAUCGUUUGCAUCUACUAGUGCUAGCUCCCGUCUUGAGUAUGAUUUACAAGAAAACAGGGCCCUUUUCAUAGCGCUUUUCAAGCACUUGACCCUCGUUGGACAGAGAGCUUGCUACCGCACUGCGCUGGAGCUGAGUAAGUUUUUACUUUCCUUGGAUCCAGUGAAUGACCCAUUGGCUAUUACCCUUAGUAUAGACUUCUAUGCAAUUCGAGCGCAGCAAUAUUCUUGGUUUCUUUCAGCGGCAGACCAAUGGACUGUGACCCGUAACAUCAAUCAGCUUCCUAAUUUCUCCUAUGGGACAGCUAUUGCUCAUUUCCUGUUAACCGGCGGUAAAGAUGUAGAGAAGGCUAAUGAAUGUCUACAAAGAGCGUUAAUACUAUUUCCCGGUGUCCUAUUCCCUCUCUUAGAAAAAUGUGGAAUUCAGCCUGAUUCAAAAGUGAUGGGUCACUCCUUCUUCAAUCAGCAAACGACCAGCACAUCUCUGAAACAGUUAGAAGCUCUUUAUGUGACACGGUGCCAUCACAUUUGGCGGGAUCCUGACUUGUUAGCAUGGCUUGAAAGCAAUGCCCAUGCAGUUCUAGGAAGAGUUGAUGAAGAAGACUCAGAAGUUGGAGACUUACGAAGUAAAGUAGAAACUUGGUACAAGGCUGCAACCCCUCGGAAUAUUCUGCGUCAUUUAAUUUUGUCUGAUUUGAAAGAAGUACCCAUCAAUCUAUUGGACUGUCACGGGCCACUUUACAGUUUCGAUCCAUUACCUCCCCCAGGAGGAACUACCAUCUAUCAUAGGCCAAAUCGCCCUACGCUCAACAUGGAAAAUGCCAAUGCAUUCUCUGCAUUUUUCCGUUCUCUCAUGCCAAAUUAUGACAUCAAUGAGCCAGCUGGACAAGCCAUAGCAAGGGAUGUUGAGCUUGGAACCAAUGUCACUGAGCUGACUCAAAGUGUGACAUCAUUUCUGGGUGCUUUGCGUGAUUAUCUCUCAGAUUUUCACUCUCAGAUUGAUAUUGAUAUAGGUCUGGACACAGAUGAUGAUACUGAAGUAGAAAGCGGCUAAGAUAAUCUCAUCAAAUCAUUGUUUUAUAACAUGAAUACAAGGGUAAUACUUGAAGGUCUAUCCUGACCGUACUUUAUAAUAUUAAUGUUCUCAAGGUGUCACUUUGGAACACUAACUCAAAAAUAAGUUUAGCUCUGUGAUUUCAAAUGUUUAAUUCAUCCUGUUUUUUGGUGGGGAUCUUUAUUGACUCAGAUAUUGGAAAACAUAAAAGGUAGAAAAAAAGAAUGCUCACUGUCUAGUAGAGAAUAAUUACUUUCACCAUUGCAAGUUCUCUUGAAUCAAUUCAAUCGGAAUCCUAAAUUUGUAAACACCCUUAGGCCCUCAUAUCCAAAGGGAUAUUAACCACUGUAUUCCAGUGUAGAGCAAGGUAAAGUCUUAAAAAUUGCUUAUUGAAUCUGGAAAUGUACAGUGAAAGGAUGAAUUGGACGUAAUUUUUUUUAAAAUUUUUUUGUCACCGUCAAAAAAAUCCUGUGGGUCUACUUUCAAGAGAAUUUAUCAGGAGAAGUUAAUAUUAGAAUAAUUUUCCCUUUCUAAGUCGGUGAAAGUUAUCCAAUUGAAGAUUGGGAUGUAGAAAUCUUGCAGGUUUUUUUUCAUUUUGUUUCUUUUUAAGCAAUGGUGCUCCGUAUCAUAUGAAAAAACUUCUUUGCACCCCUUAGCAGUACCGACUGAUUGUUCUCCUCAGCUUGAUUUUAAAUGCAGAAGCAUUUGAUCCUAUUCCUAAUCUCUCGCAGCUAAGUGUGAGCUACCUAUGCAAACUUAGUUUAUAUUUGUUUGUGAGAACUCAUUGUUUAUUAUAGCAUAUAGUAUCUUUUACCUUUAAAAAUCAUUAUCCUCUAAUCGAUGGUUAUUAAAAUUAUUCAAUCAUUGUCCACUGAUCUGUGGUUAUAAAAUAUUCAAUGUUUCCCUCUAAAAUAAACUAACUUUUUGACUAUGUCAUUUAAUAUUCGGUACAUUUAAUUUCCGAAACAAAUGGAUUAUUUUGAUAUCAGUUGCUUCGCUGCGCCUCUGAAGGGCAACACAAUUUAAAAGCAAUUUAUUGAAUGAAGUAGCCCCUAAAUCAGUCUGAAGAUUACAAUUUCGCAUGAACUAAAUAAUGAGAAUAUUAUACUGAAUGGAUUUGAGUAGUAUGAAAUUUUAUCACUGUCAAGCGUAUUUAUUUUUAUUGGAUUGGUGAAAGGCUUUGCCUUUUUUUGAAGUCUGUGCCCAGUUUAGGGAGGAUGUUCAGUGCAUGUUGUUUUGAUUAGUUUGGCUGUCAAUAGUAAUUGGCAUGAAGAAGGUACAUAGUUCUUAAUAAGAUUAUUUCCCUUUAUUUUCUUUUUGUUUGAGUACAAAAAACUGGAAUCAACCUCUAACCAAAAAUUAGUUUUCCUAAUCAGUUCAAUCUUUGAAGGAUAAGUGCAACAUUUACCGCUGAGACCUUGAUUAUCAAAGAAACCACAGCUUUUCAGUUUUCAUCUAAGUGAACCUAUCGCACAGUUUGUUUUCCAAAAUCUCGACUACCAAUCAAAGUCAUCAUGAGGUUGCUAUUAUUCGUGUAAAUAAUCAGAGUGAAGUCUCGUCAACAGGCUGUGAUGUUGAAGCUCAGUUUCAAAUAUACUUGUCUUAUCUCAGCUAUGUCUAGAUCGUUGGAUAUUAUGAUGAAUUUUAAAAUUCGAAAAAUUUUGAUACUUUAAAAUGUAAAAACACCAAACCUAGAGGGUCGAAGAGAAGAUUCCAGGUUAUUUUAUUUUCUCACUUUGUCUUCCGCUGUCCUUUCUAGAGGGCUUGUAACAGGUCGUUCUGUUUAAGGAUAGUAAUUUGUAAAAUAAAGAUGCUCCCCCAAUGUU